GCGAUCGACCGCCCCGCCAACUCUCCCCGGUCUUGCACUGUGACACAACGACUCCGAACGAUGAGCAAGAAUACCGAGGACGCGCGUACCAGCACUGAAGGCUCUUCGUUUGUCGAGGUCACAAAUCCCAAACAUGCGGUGGACCUUGCCACAAAGCAGUCCUACUCUGAAAAUGUCUUCCUUUUCCUACCGAAUAUCAUCGGGUAUAUGCGCGUCGUUCUGGCCGCAAUGGCGCUGUAUUACAUGAGCUAUCACCCGAAAUACUGCACAGUGGCGUACGCGCUCUCCCAAUUACUGGAUGCAGCGGACGGAUACGCUGCGCGAGCUUUGGGACAAACAUCGAGGUUCGGGGCGGUCCUUGACAUGGUGGUGGAUAGGUGCACGACGUCUGGCCUGUUGGUUUUCUUAGCGACUGCGUACCCGAAAUGGGCCUUGUUCUUCCAGUUCCUUAUCUCGCUCGACUUCGCCAGUCACUAUAUGCACAUGUAUAGUUCGCUUCUCACAGGAUCCAAGAGCCAUAAGAACAUCCAGAGCGAUGUCAGUCGCAUCCUUCGAUUCUAUUACACGAACAAGAAUGUACUCUUCGCCGUGUGUGCUGGAAAUGAAGCCUUCUAUCUCGGCCUGUACCUCCAGAAAUGGGUCCGUGGACCGCUCUUCCUCCUACCCGGCCUGGAAUGGGCCGGCCCCUGGACGUGGGCCAACCUCCUUACUUGGGUCUCAUGCCCCAUCUUCAUCUACAAGAACGUUGUCAACUUCGUUCAGCUAUGGAAGGCGUCGAAGAUCCUCGUCGGCGUGGAUCUUGCCGACAGAGCGAAGGAACGGGCGACCGCGGAGAAGAAAACAUGACAAGUCGACUUCCGACUCUCGCGUCACACCUUGGACUAUAUGCGAACCACUGCAUCUACCUCUAUAACUCGUUUUCGUCAUUAUACGUAUAUUUAACUGUAUAGAAAGACAAAUCAUAUAAUGCCAGCUAGAUGCCGGGUUUUCG